AUGUUAGAUGAAAUUCAUAGACAAGAACGUGAAGAGAUGGAAAAGAAACUUCAAGCAAAAGAUGAAGUCAUUGAAGCAAAAGACAAAAACAUACAGAAAAGAAUACCACGUUCGGUACCAAAAGGAAAGGAAAAGAACUAUAAGUAUAUGAUUUAUACUGAAGAGAUGGAGAAAGAAGAAGACAGAGAUAUGGUUAUGUUGCAUUUAGUCAGAAGAAACAACAAAAGCUUUUACGACCUUGCUAAGAUUUACAAAUCUGACAGAAAUUGGUUCUAUCGCGAAAACUUACCGAUUUCAAUGACACCAAAUGAAGAUGUGAAACAAAUAGUUCAAGAUACGUUACCUCAAACACACUAUGAUAUUAAAGGUUGUACAAUACUUACAUUCAAAGAAGACUUGCCGCUACUGAAAGAAAAAAUAACAGAGUAUUUUGACAACUUCAAACAAGUAGAGUAG